GCGGGGCGGGUCUGGGCGCCAUUGCGGCGGCGGGGCGGGCGGAUGGCGCGGGCAGAGCCGCCGGCCGCCACCUUCGAGCGGCGGGUGCUGCGGAGCGCGGCCCCGCACCACUACCUGCGCGUCCGCCUGGAGCUGCCGGACGGCGGGGCCCGGCCGAGCGCCGCGCAGUUCAAGCAGCUGGUGGUGGCGGCGCUGAGGGAGCUGCACGGAGAGGUUGGAGCAGCUUUGCCUGUGGAUGUCCUAACAUACGAGGAAAAAACUCUAUCUGCCAUAUUAAGAGUUAUUAGCAGUGGCCUUGUUAAGCUGUGGAGUGCUCUAACACUGCUGGGCUCCUACCAGAACAGGAAGUGUGCCUUUCGAGUGCUGCAGACAUCUCCAUUUCUUCUGGCAUUAUCUGGCAACAGCAGAGAACUGAUCCUGGACUGAAUGUGGUUGUUGGUUUGGCUGUAGGAAGCAGAAGUUGCUUGAGAUGUUUCAGCGCUUCAGAUGUGGAAUUUUGGGAGGGGAUUUCCAACAGAGAGCCUUGGCAAAGCUAGCAGUUAUCAACUCACUGCCUGGACGUCCUUCACCACAGAGUUUACACAUAAAAGUUGGAGACAAAGCUCAACUUACCAAAGCUUUUACACAGAAUGAUGUUGUUACAUUUUCUGAUUUAACAGGCGACACGAAUCCUUUGCAUUUAAAUGAAGAUUUUGCGAAGCAAACAAGGUUUGGGAGAACUAUUGUACAUGGAGUUUUAAUCAAUGGACUUAUUUCUGCAGUUCUGGGCACUAAAAUGCCUGGCCAAGGCUGUGUGUUUCUUUCUCAGGAGAUCCGAUUUCCAGCUCCUUUAUAUACUGGUGAAGAAGUUGUAGCUGCAGCAGAAGUUAAGCGACUGAAGGGUUCUAUUGCACACAUCUCAGUAUCCUGUAAAGUCAGAGAAAAUGAAAAGACUGUUAUGGAAGGGAUGGUGAAAGUCCUGGUGCCAGGCAGUUAGAGCUGUUGAUCCUGUGCUGCUUUACUAUAAAGGUCAGAAAUAUAUGCUUUUUGGUUUGGUGGUUUUGA